GGUUCCACGCCGAUGAGGUCGCCUUCCACUGUGGAGACCAGCUUCACGUCUCUUGAAGGUCAAACCACGCCAACCUUCAGCAAGGUUUCUCCCACUAAGGCCGAGCUGACCUCAGCAGAAGUGACCAAAACAGCUUCCCCAGCAUCCGAGUCUCCCCUGGCCACGUCUCCUUCCAUGCCGACCGUAUCCUCUCCGGCUCGGACCUCGCCGCCAUCGUCUCCCUCAGAGACCACCAUUGCAUCCCAUGGCACGAGUUCUUCUAUUCAUGCAGAAUCCACCCCAGCUGAAGGCGGCACCACCUCUUCGCUCCAUUCGACACGCUCAAGCACUGCAGUCCCAGAAACCAUGUCCUCCGCAGAGUCGGUGGCCUCUAUUGUCACCACGACAGCUACUGUUGGCAUGACUGAGCUAACCUCCGCCAAGGAACAAACUAGUCCCUCCCUCGCCCACUCUUCUACCAUGCAGCCGAAAGGAACCUCACCGCAGGAGACCACAACUCAACACCCGCCUUCUGGCUCUUCCACAGGGGAACCGGAGGUCAGCUCUGCCCGAGGCACCUCCGUUUCCCCGUCAACUUCUUCCCCUUCCAGUCACCACUCUUCCAUUGCCCUUACCAAGGAAACCACCGUCUCCUUCCGGUCCACCCGUCCUCCAGCCAAGGUCGAAUCAACAGCAGUUGAGGGGACCAGCCCUUCCCUCUCUUCGGCAACAUCUCCUACGGCUGUGCAGCUCAGAACCUCGACUCUGGAGGUGACCGGUUCCACUCCGAUGAGGUUGCCUUCCACUGUGGAGACCAGCUUCACGUCUCUUGAAGGUCAAACCACGCCAACCUUCAGCAAGGUUUCUCCCACUAAGGCCGAGCUGACCUCAGCAGAAGUGACCAAAACAGCUUCCCCAGCAUCCAAGUCUCCCCUGGCCAUGUCUCCUUCUAUGCCGACUGUAUCCUCUCCGGCUCGGACCUCGCCAACAUCGUCUCCCUCAGAGACCACCAUUGCAUCCCACGGCACGAGUUCUUCUAUUCAUGCAGAAUCCACCCCAGCUGAAGGAGGCACCACCUCUUCGCUCCAUUCGACACGCUCGAGCACUGCAUUCCCAGAAAACAUGUCCUCCGCAGAGUCGGUGGCCUCUAUUGUCACCACGACAGCUACUGUUGGCAUGACUGAGCUAACCUCCGCCAAGGAACAAACUAGUCCCUCCCUCGCCCACUCUUCUACCAUGCAGCCGAAAGGAACCUCACCGCAGGAGUCGACAACUCACCGCCCGCCUUCUGGCUCUACAUCAAUGUUUUCCACAUUCCAUCUUUUUCCUGUUACAGAUAUUUUCUCUUCGAUUACUGAGAGUAGAAUUAAAGAAAUGACUGUUACAUCUGAAGAAUCAAUAAUGUUCCCAUCUUCUGUCACUGGAGCAGGCGAUAUAGUACAUCCUGUCACAGUUAGUCAAGAAGGAACUGAGUACCAAAAGACAAUCUCUCAAUCAUCUCUACCAUCCCUGGUCUCUUUUCACACAGUGGAAACUACCAAUAUGCAUGCACCAACUGGAACAUCUUCCACUACUACAGGAAAAGAGAAUAUGACAACAGCUAGUGUAUACACAUCUCCUAUAAAGAGCAGAGCGCAGUCCACAUCUUUAAAAGCCAGCUCUACAAUGGCUAUUAUUAGUUCAGAAACCACCAUGUUAGAAACCACAACAAAAGCAACAGCCACUUCUCCCCCACAGAGCAUAGCAUACUCCACACCUUUGCCAGAGACCACCAUAUCUGAAUCCAUCACAUCAGAAACUACCACUCCUCCAGAAAGCACUACAACUGCUGGAAAAAGUAGCAUGAUGACUGCUCCUACUACAGGUUCUCUUCCAGAGAGCAUAGCAGUCUCCACAGAAUUCCCAGCGAACACCUUGAAUGAAUCCACCACAUCACAAACUGCCACAUCUUCCCAAGAGAGCACACAGCUCCCCAGCUCCUUCCCUGAGAGCUCCACAAUUAGGACUAGUACAACAAAAACCACUACUCAACUUCCAACAACCAGGGAAUACUUAACUACUUCUCCACAAACCACCACAUUGGAAACCACCACAACAGUGACAGCCACUUCUCCCCCACAGAGUACUGUGACCUCCAGCAUUACAAAGACUACUAGGUCUUCAAAAACCAUUGCUCAACAUUCAAUCACCACAGCUACUCCUCCAGAGGCAAACACCACACCUGCAUCCAUCACAUCAGAAGCAGCCAGCUCACCAAUGAGUACAGUUUUUUCUACAGCAUCACUAAAGAGCACAAUAACAUCUUCUAUUUCCAAAACCACAACACCAGCUCUAAAGAGCACAGUAUCCUCUACAUCUUUUUCAGAGAGUAGCAUGACGCAAUCCAGUUUGCCAAGGACCACCGCUUCUGCUUUAUCAAGUAGUGUGCCAUCUACCACUCCCACAACCAGUUCCGGACUUCUUUCUACCCCCGAACAAACAUCCACCUCUCCUCUGGAGAGAACACUACAUACAACAAAUUCAGAAAAGAGCAGCACAAUUACUUCUGCUAGUACUGAAAGUACAGGUUCCACUUCGGAGAGGCCAGCAUAUUCCACACCGUUGCCAGAGACCACCAUGUCUGAAUCCAUCACAUCAGAAACAGCUACCUCUCCUCCAGAAAGCACUACAACUGCUGGAACGAGUAGCAUAACAACUGCUCCCAGUACAGAAACCACAAGUUCUAUUCCAGAGAGCACAGCAGUCUCCACAGCAUUACCAGCAACCACAUUGAAUGAAUCUACCACAUCACAAACUGCCACAUCUGCCCCAGAGAGCACACAGCCCCCCAGCUCCUUCCCUGAAAGCUCUACAAUUAGUACUAGUAAAACAAAAACCACUACUCAACUUCCAAUGACCACGGAAUACUUAACUACUUCUCCACAAACCACCACAUUGGAAACAACCACAACAGUGACAGCCACUUCUCCUCCACAGAGUACUGUGACCUCCAGCAUUAGAAAGACUACUAGAUCUUCAAAAAACAUUGCUCAACAUUCAAUCACCACAGCUACUCCUCCAGAGGCAACCACCACACCUGCAUCCAUCACAUCAGAAGCAGCCAGCUCACCAAUGAGUACAGUUUCUUCUACAGCAUCACUAAAGAGCAGAAUAACAUCUUCUAUUUCCAAAACCACAACACCAGCUCUAAAGAGCACAGUAUCCUCUACAUCUUUUUCAGAGAGUAGCAUGACGCAAUCCAAUUUGCCAAGGACCACCGCUUCUGCUUUAUCAAGUAGUGUGCCAUCUACCACUGCUUUAUCAAGUAGUAUGCCAUCUACCACUCCCACAACCAGUUCCGGACAUCUUUCUACCCCCGAGCAAACAUCCACCUCUCCUCUGGAGAGAACAGAACAUACAACAAUUUCAGAAAAGAGCAGCACAAUUACUUCUGCUAGUACUGAAAGUACAGGUUCCACAUUGGAGAGGUCAGCAUAUUCCACACCGUUGCCAGAGACCACCAUGUCUGAAUCCAUCACAUCAGAAACAGCUACUUCUCCUCCAGAAAGCACUACAACUGCUGGAAAGAGUAGGAUGACAACUGCUCCCAGUACAGAAACCACAAGUUCUAUUCCAGAGAGCACAGCAGUCUCCACAGCAUUACCAUCAACCACAUUGAAUGAAUCUACCACAUCACAAACUGCCACAUCUGCCCCAGAGAGCACACAGCCCCCCAGCUCCUUCCCUGAAAGCUCUACAAUUAAUACUAGUAAAACAAAAACCACUACUCAACUUCCAAUGACCACGGAAUACUUAACUACUUCUCCACAAACCACCACAUUGGAAACCACCACAACAGUGACAGCCACUACUCCCCCACAGAGCACAGUGACCUCCAGCUCUAUAAAGACUACUAGGUCUUCAAAAACCAUUGCUCAACAUUCAACCACCACAGCUACUCCUCCAGAGGCCACCACCACACCUGCAUCCAUCACAUCAGAAGCAGCCAGCUCUCCAAUGAGUACAGUGCCUUCUACGGCAUCAGCAAAGAGCAGAAUAACAUCUUCUAUUUCCAAAACCACAACGCCAGCUCUAAAAAGCACAGUAUCCUCUACACCUUUUUCAGAGAGUAGAAUGACGCCAUCCAGUUUGCCAAGGACCACCGCUUCUGCUUUAUCAAGUAGUGUACCAUCUACCACUUCCACAACCAGUUCCGGAUUUCUUUCUACUCCGGAGCAAACAUCCACCUCUCCUCUGGAGAGAACAGAAUAUACAACAAUUUCAGAAAAGAGCAGCACAAUUACUUCUGCUAGUACUGAAAGUACAGGUUCCACUUCGGAGAGGCCAGCAUACUCCACACCGUUGCCAGAGACCACCAUGUCUGAAUCCAUCACAUCAGAAAGAGCUACCUCUCCUCCAGAAACCACUACAACUACUGGAAAGAGUAGCAUGACAAUUGCUCCCAGUACAGAAACCACAAGUUCUAUUCCAGAGAGCACAGCAGUCUCCACAGCAUUACCAGCAACCACAUUGAAUGAAUCCACUACAUCACAAACUACCACAUCUGCCCCAGAGAGCACACAACCCCCCAGCCCCUUCCCUGAAAGCUCUACAAUUAGUACUAGUAAAACAAAAACCACUACUCAACUUCCAAUGUCCACGGAAUACUUAACUACUUCUCCACAAACCACCACAUUGGAAACCACCACAACAGUGACAGCCACUACUCCCCCACAGAGCACAGUGACCUCCAACUCUAUAAAGACGACUAGGUCUUCAAAAACCAUUGCUCAACAUUCAAUCACCACAGCUACUCCUCCAGAGGCCACCACCACACCUGCAUCCAUCACAUCAGAAGAAGCCAGCUCUCCAAUGAGUACAGUGCCUUCUACGGCAUCAGCAAAGAGCAGAAUAACAUCUUCUAUUUCCAAAACCACAACGCCAGCUCUAAAAAGCACAGUAUCCUCUACACCUUUUUCAGAGAGUAGCAUGACACCAUCCAGUUUGCAAAGGACCACCGCUUCUGCUUUAUCAAGUAGUGUGCCAUCUACCACUGCUUUAUCAAGUAGUAUGCCAUCUAUCACUCCCACAACCAAGAACAGAACAUACAACAAUUUCAGAAAAGAGCAGCACAAUUACUUCUGCUAG